GACCAUAGGUAUCGAUGGGGAGUGGGAAGAAGAAGGCAGCUUCGAUGGAGUACCUGAAGAAGGAAGAAGAAGGCAGCUUCGAUGGAGUACCAGGAGAACGAAGAAGAAGGUAGCUUCGAUGGAGGCAGAUGAAAGAAAAGAGAGGCAGCUUCGAUGGAAGAACAGAGAACACCCACAGUCGAAGACCAGCAAACACCCACGAGUCGUCGUCCAUGGCUGA